UGCGUGUGAUUGACAGGUUGACGUCUGUCUUGUACAUAUAUAAAACACCCUGUCUUUCUCGUGAGCUGUGUGUGUCUUCAUUCAGAUUGCAAGACCCAAUAACAGGUGUGUCAGCUAGAACACCCAAAAUGAUGUCUUCGGGAAACAUCGUGCUGCUACUGUGCGUCUGUCUGUGUGUCCAGUUCGCAGCUGCCCAGGUCGGGUGUCCAUCUGGAUGCUCGUGCUCCACCAACAACGCCAUGAGCUGCCGGCGCCUCUACUCCUUCCCAACAUACAUCCCCUCCCAUAUAACCACGGUCUAUUUCUAUUAUUCAAACUUGACCGAGAUUCCUAGCGGAAGAUUCCAUGGACGCCCCAAUCUGAAGACUAUAAGCUUUACUUAUGGAUCUAUCGGCACCAUACAGAGCUGUGCAUUCUCCGAUAUCCCCGCUUCAGUAACUUUCAACCGAGUAAACAUCAACAAUAUCAGGGGAGGCGCGUUCAGCAACUUGGCCAAAAACAUCAACCGCCAAAUCUCGUUUUCCUCUUCCAACAUCACCACCAUCGAAUCCUACGCCUUCCACAACCUGACCGGUCUGAACAAUCUAAUCUUCACUUAUGCGAAGAUCUUCACCAUCCAAUCGUAUGCAUUCAAGGACAUCAUCUACAGUCGCACCUUGAGGAUGCAGUACACCAACAUCACUAAUCUGAUGAGCUAUGCCUUUGACAUGCCGACCUACAGUUUCCAGUCUUCCCAGAUCAGCAGAGGCUCCGUCAUGAACAUCGGCUGCAACACCCUGGAGGAACUGACGUCGGUGCAGUACCUGACAACGCCGUGUAACUGCGACAAAGUAGAGCUGUACAGACGCGGAACCAAGUUCUCCGGCAGACAGCACUGCUUCGCCCCCAACCAGCUCCAGAACUUGAACCCAGGCAGCAUCAGCCAGUGCCAGCGUCCCUCUGUCAGGAUGCCGAGGGCGUGUCCCGGGAGUUUUGAUAAUGAUGGUGAGGAUACUGGAGUGAUGACGACCAUCAGGCCUCCGAUAACACCUUUAAGGGCCAACUGCACCCGGGAACAGAUCCGACUCCAGCUGGCCAAUCAAAACUACCGGGAGGCGUUGGCCUGCUUCCGGUUCAACUUCGACAUGUCGGACAACAACCUCAGCUUCAAAUUCGACAUGUUCCUCAACUGAAGCAGGGCUAAUCAUCGGCUUUUGUUUCAUAAACUAACACGAAGGAACAAUAAAAUUAUUAUAAAACUUCAA